AUGUUCCAGUUGCAGACGGAAGAUGCAGCAUGCAAGGCUUUGCACCUGCUCAGGGCAUCGGCUGCAAGCGGCACUGCCUUCCCACGGAACAUGCGAGGUGGCAGUGUGGAGUCUUUAUGCAGAAAACUGGCAGAUAGUCGUAUCCCGACUACGUUUGGCACAGGGUUUUCGUUAAGGGUGCUUGACAAGAGAAGACAGCAGACCGCACAAGUGACUGGCAUUGCCAUCUCCUCGCAGCAUCGACACUUCGUCCCAGGCCGCGCCAAACUCGUCUGCAUUCCUUGUCGCACAGAGCCCGUGAGGAAGCUCCACCACACCGCGCUGAAAAGACGUCGCUUCCGAUGCCGUGCUUGCCUUUCAUCCCAGUGA